GGGAACAAGCUACGACACAUGCUAGGACACAUCAACCUGAUUAUUUCAAAUGUGGUAUUUGCAAUCUGCCUUUCCCAAAAAGAGAGGCAUUGGUUAAACAUCUGGAAACUCAUGAAACGGCUAAAACUAAUAUUAUAACAGUAUCAACAUCCACACCAAGCACCAACUCAACGCAAAAACUUCUACAGGCGUCUAUUGAAGAAGCUUUAAGAGACACAGCAAAUGAAGCAGAAGUUCCAGCCAAAACUGUAGAUAAUAAGGGCAUUGAAUUUUACUCCUGUCAAACAUGUUCCUUAACAUUCUUGCAAGAAAGUAUUUACACACAACAUAUGAAGCAGCAUAGAGGUGAUGGAAAAAAGAUUGGUCAAAGUUUAAUAAGGCAAGAUGUUCGAACAAAUAACACAAGUAUUUUGAAUACCCAAAGCACUGAAUUGCGAGAUGGUGAUUUGGAAAGCAUUUUUGAAAAAAUGCAUUCUGAAAAGACAGAAGUUCCAGUUGUUGUCACUACUACAGCCAAUAACACCUUAGAGCAAGUUACAUUUAACAUCAGCAUUCCACAAGAUGUAGACGCAUUGGAUCCUGAGCAGCAAAUAACAGCUAGCACAAUACGAAAACAUGAAAAUGUUCUAAUCUUCAAAUGUGAAACUUGCAACGAAGCUUAUGGUGACAAUGAUCAUCUGAAAUUACAUUAUGUGACUUCUGGACAUGGGCCUUCACAUUCUCCACCUAUGCCAAUUGACAUGCCAAAUCUGGAUGAACCUGAAGCAGAAUCUAGCAAGAAAUCAGAUUCUGAUGCUACAGCACCAGAAAAUGUUGAGAAACCUGCAACCCCAGAAACUAACAGCUCUCAAAAUACUUCUGAUAAACCUGCUGAAGCAAUGCCUUUAGAAGAACACCGAAGUGAAUCUAACACUGAUCCUGUGCCCAUGGAAGUGGAAAAUAUGAAUCCUGAACAACCAGAAUCAGGAGAGAUCAAAUUGAUGUUGGAUUCAGAUAAUCAAUUGAUUACGAGUGACGGUCAGAUUUUACAAUUGGACAAUCAUGUUCUGACUGAUGCUGAUGGCAAUCAAAUUAUAACAUCUAGUGAUGGGCAAAUUCUAACAGUACAAGGAGCUGAUAACGAACAGUUGCAACAAUUGUUACAGAGCGUUGGUGUUGUAGUUCAACAAGAAGGGGGCGAAGAAGAACAGAUGCAAAUGCAAUUAGAUGGAUCACAAGUUAUUAUUGUACAAACUGAUGAAGGAGAGGUUCAAAUGACUUUAGAACAAGCCCAAGAAGCAGGUAUUGAUUUAUCACAACUAAUGGCUAAAGAUGAUAGUGAAUUAGCAGAAGGCGAAGAAAAAGAGGGCAUGGCUUUCAAUUUAGAUGAACUUUGCCAAUUACAGAAGGUGAAAACUCAGAACAAGCUCAAGCCAUGA